CCAAGAUGGCGAUGGUAUUGCCGCAUCGUUCGUAUCAACAGCAGUAGUCAAGGCGACAUCAUCAUGUACAUCUUUGACUGCUACUGGUUUUCCGUUUUCUGCUGAGAACACAGAUGCGGUGCUAAGUCAGGGUGACUCUCUAUUUUACGUUUAUUUUCUCUCACUGAGUUAUUUAUUUUUGAUGAAAAAUAUUCCCUCCUUAUGGCUGUGUUAUUGUAAACUGCAGCAUUUCAAGAGGACUGCGAGAAGCCUCGUUAUUCUAAUGGUAAUUAUAUUUAGCACAAACAAUGAGACGUAAUCUGGCGUUAUUGAAGGUAAGUGGAAGUAGGAGGACAUAUGAUUUGCAUAAUUUUCCAAACAUCCAGAACAGUUUAUAGAAAUGAAAUGUGUCCUGCAUUGUCGGUUAAUGGAAACAUGCAAUAAGGAUUGGAGAAUAAGGGGAUGAAGGAGAAAUCCUAGUCAGAGGAGUGUGUGUAAUAUGUACAUGUUUUAAUUGAGUGGCUUUUGCAACCGAAGAUGGGGUUGCCUGUCGAUAAGCAGUGAAAAAAGUAAUGUAUAGACUGUAGGUAUGUAAGAAUAGAAUGUUAGAUUGUAGACGUGCUUCCACAACAUACCUGUGUGAGCGAGCAAACAUGUUGCUAUGCAGGCCAACAUCCACAUGUUGUCUAUAUAUAUAAAAUCACUUGCAAGACAGAUACUUUAUUCUAUCUAUCUAUCUAUCUAUCUAUCUAUCUAUCUAUCUAUCUAUCUAUCUAUCUAUCUAUCUAUCUAUCUAUCUAUCUAUCUAUCUAUCUAUCUAUCUAUCUAUCUAUAGACACUCUAUGCUACAGCUAAUGUUGGAUGGGUAUAAAUAUUUAUGUGCUAAACUUUCUAUCUGUAUUCAGACAUGGAAAGAUGAAGAAGGAAACUAUUCAGAGAAAUGAUGGAGAAACAAAUUCUUCAAAAAUAGACAAAUAUGGGAUAUAGCAGAAAGUCACAUGUUGUUGAUGAACUUUAAAGCAUCUAAUCAGUAUUGAUUCAUCUUUCUGAUAAAGGAUAGAUCUACCCUGUGCUGGUUACAGAACAUUGAUUGACUGCAUUGGACUAAGAGGACAUCAGUGCUGUGAUGAAACAAUACGUCUCUCCAGUGCCGUUGUAAAUUAUGAGAACAGUCGAUUGUGUGUUCUCAGAAGAAUCAAGACUACGCUGCAAAGAGAAAAGUGAUACAUUAUUUUUAUAUUAAUCCACUGCUGCAGGACAACAUGCCUUAUAUUCUUUGAUUAAAACAAGACUGAAAAUUUUGAUUCAGAGUUUUCACCAUGCCUCGCAAUCAAGCUUUUUCUGAACCAGAGUACUCUGUGGAGUAUUCGGCAGACUGCUCUGUGACAUUGCCCUCUGAUCCGGGGCAGGCUGUUGGGCGAACACACGAGGUUACAGUUCGAAAUUCUGGAUCCUGCCUUUGCCUGCCACGGUUUAUGCGCCUGACAUUUGCACCAGAGUCGUUGGAGAAUCUCUACCAGACCUACUUCAGAAGGCAGAGACAUGAAACACUUUUGGUGCUGGUUGUGUUUGCUGCUCUUUUUGAUAGUUACAUCCUCAUCAUGUGUGCAGUGGUUUAUACCUCUGAAAAACUUGCAUCUGUUUCUGUGGCAACUGUGGGAUUGGCAGGAGAUAUUCUUCUCUACCUGCUGUGCCGCUUUGGGUUGUUACCAGACCGGAUCUCAAGGCGUUUUGUGCCCUAUUCCCUCUGGGUCCUUAUCGCAUUACAGAUAUUUUGCCACUUGGGUCUAAACUACGCUCGUUUCCACCAGGCUAGUGACACAGUGGGUUGGCAGGCCUUCUUCAGCUUUUCUUUUUUCCUUACUCUGCCUUUGAGACUAACACCCAUUGUGCUCAUCACUACUGUAUCCUGUGGGGUUCACACCCUGGUUCUUGGAGUCACCAUUGCUCAGCAGCAGCAGGAGAACAUCCAUGGCUCAGCGCUCGCCAGACAGCUACUGGCCAACAUUGUGAUCUAUAUUUGUGCCAUCACCGUGGGUGUCACAUCGUACUACAUGGCUGACCGGAAGCAUCGAAAGGCUUUUCUGGAAGCAAGACAGUCACUGGAGGUUAAACUUAACCUAGAAGAGCAAAGCCAGCAACAGGAACGUCUCCUGCUCUCCAUUCUUCCCAAGCACAUAGCUGAUGAGAUGCUUCAGGAUAUGAAGAAGGAGCCCAGUCAAAAAGAGAUGCAACAGUUCAACACCAUGUACAUGUACAGGCAUGAAAAUGUCAGUAUUUUGUUUGCAGAUAUUGUGGGUUUCACCCAGCUGUCGUCAUCUUGCAGUGCCCAGGAGCUGGUGAAGCUGCUCAAUGAGCUCUUUGCUCGCUUUGACAAGCUGGCUGCUAAAUAUCAUCAAUUGAGGAUCAAGAUCCUGGGAGACUGCUACUACUGCAUCUGUGGACUUCCAGAAUACAGGGGAGACCAUGCUGCCUGUUCCAUCAGGAUGGGCCUGGCUAUGGUGGAUGCUAUCUCGUAUGUCCGUGAAAAAACCCAAACCAAUGUUGAUAUGAGGGUUGGAGUUCACAGUGGAACAGUACUUGGAGGAGUGCUAGGACAGAAACGCUGGCAGUAUGAUGUUUGGUCUACGGAUGUCACAGUAGCCAACAAAAUGGAAGCAGGAGGCAUUCCAGGACGUGUUCACAUCUCACAAAGUACCAUGGAGUGUCUUCAUGGAGAGUUUGAUGUGGAGCCAGGAAAUGGAGGCGAUCGCUGUGACUACCUGAGGGAGCGAGGUAUUGAGACCUUCCUGGUGACUGUACCUAAAGAUCCCCUGGGAAGAAAUGGAAUCAGCCCUGUGAAGCUGUCAGUAACCUCUUCUAAUGGAAAUUCCCCACUAUUAAUCAACACAACAGAGUGUAAUGGCAGCAUGGAGGCAGCCUGCAACACACCUGAAGAACCAGAAGAGUUGGACACAAGGGUAGUGAACCCAUCUUUUCCAAAUCCACGAAGGAGGCUCCGACUGCGGGACCUGGCUGAACGGGUGAUUGAUGCCCAAGAGAAUGAGCAAGAGCUCAAUAAGUUGCUUAAUGAGGCUCUGUUGGAGAGAGAAACAGUUCAAGCUCUGAAGGGAAAACACACCAACAGGCUUUCUUUGAGGUUUGUGGAUCCAGACCUAGAGGUUCGUUAUUCUAUUGAGAAGGAGAAGCAGAGUGGUGCUGCCUUCUGUUGCUCCUGUGUUGUUCUUCUCUUUACUACAGUAAUGGAGGCACUCAUAGACCCCAGGCUCAUUAUAAACUACAUCACCUUUGCAGUAGGAGAGAUUUUGCUGUUUAUCCUGACAAUCUGCUCUCUUGCGGCUAUCUUUCCAGGAGUCUUUCCCAAAAAGUUGGUGUCUUUCUCAAUCUGGAUUGACCACACCCGUUGGGCUCGAAAUACGUGGGCCAUUGCAGCUAUUUUCAUCUUAACCAUGGCAGACCUUUUAGAUAUGCUCAGUUGUACACCUGGAGUCCCAGCUUCAGGCAGCACCACAGUGGCUCCGUUUUCUUCCUCAUCUUCACAGUCCAGCCUUGGAGGAUGCCUGAAUAAUCCUAAAUAUUACAGCUUUAUAGCAGUGCUUGCACUAAUAGCCACUACUAUGCUAGUUCAGGUCAGUCACAUGGUCAAGCUAACCCUGAUGCUACUUAUAACAGCAACAACUGGCAUCGUUAACAUCUACAGUUGGAAAGACAUCUUUGACCACUACGACAUGGUUCGCUUCCAAGAAUACAGCUCAGAGAUGGUUCCCUCCAAGUUCACCAUGACAGUUAUGAUCUUCAUUAUGAUGGCCAGCUUCUAUUACUUCUCCAGACAUGUGGAGAAGCUUGCUCGCACGCUUUUCUUAUGGAAGAUAGAAGUCCAUGAGCAGAAGGAGAAAGUAUAUGAAAUGAGGCGCUGGAAUGAAGCUCUUGUAACAAACAUGUUACCUGAACACGUGGCUCGACACUUCCUGGGUUCCAAGAAAAGGGAUGAGGAGUUGUACAGCCAGUCAUACGAUGAGAUUGGUGUCAUGUUUGCCUCAAUUCCCAACUUCUCUGACUUUUACACAGAGGAGAGCAUCAAUAAUGGUGGCAUUGAAUGUCUACGGUUUCUCAACGAGAUCAUCUCAGACUUUGAUAGUCUACUGGAUGAGCCCAAAUUUCGCUACAUCACAAAGAUCAAGACCAUUGGGAGCACAUACAUGGCAGCAUCAGGUGUCACCUCUGAUGUCAAUGAUGGUUACAUGUGCAUGAAGAAGGAAGAGCAGUCUGACAGAGAGCGCUGGCAGCACCUGGCAGACUUGGCAGACUUUGCUCUGGCCAUGAAGGUGACACUAAUGAACAUCAACUACCAGUCAUUCAACAACUUCAUGCUACGCAUUGGCCUGAACAAAGGAGGAGUGCUAGCUGGAGUGAUUGGUGCCCGGAAACCCCACUAUGACAUCUGGGGAAACACUGUGAAUGUGGCCAGUCGUAUGGAGUCCACAGGAGUGAUGGGAAAUAUCCAGGUAGUGGAGGACUGCUAUAAUAUUUUGAAGGAGUAUGGCUUCCGCUUUGUGAGAAGAGGACCCAUCUUUGUAAAGGGAAAAGGAGAACUGCUCACUUAUUUUCUUAAAGGAAGAGACAAACAGGGCUCAUUUAUUAAUGGUUCAUCCGUCACUCUACCACAUCAAGUAGUAGAUAGUUAAAGUUCUCGGAUCUUUAGUCAAACACUUCCUUUUCCCAUCAGUCACUUCCGCAUUGUUUUGAAUGGUGUAACAGGCAAAGGAGAACCAAAAUUUACUUUAAAGGUUUAAAAGUACAAUUAUGUAUCACAAUUUCAUAAAUGUCUAUCAGUCUGCAACACUUUAGAAAGAUGGAAAGAUAGAUGACCAGAUACAGUGGGGGGAAAAAGUAUUUAGUAAGCCACCAAUUGUGCAAGUUGUCCCAUUUUAAAGAUGAGGCCUGUAAAUGACAUCACAGGUAGACCUCACCUAUGAGAGACAAAAUGAGAAAACAUCUAGAAAUUCACAUUGUCUGAUUUUUAAAAAAUAAUUUAUCUGCAAUUAUGGUGGAAAAUAAGUAUUUGGUCAAUAACACACAAGCAAGAUUUCUGGUUCACACAGCCCUAUAAUUUCUGUAAGAAGAAUGAAUGGGGCCAUGUGUCGUGUGAUUUUGAGUGCAAACCUCCUUCCAUCAACACGAUGGAAGUGGCUGGGUCUUUCAGCAUGACAAUGAUCCCAAGCACACCACCAGGGCAACAAAGGAGUGGUUUCGUAAGAAGCAUUUCAAGGUCCUGAAAUGCUUCUCUCCAGUUUCCAGACCUCAACCCCAUAGAACACCUUGGGAGGGAGGUGAAAGUCCAUGUUGCCCAGCGACAGCCCCAAAACAUCCCUGCUCCAGAGGAAAUCUACAUGGAGGAAUGGCCCAACAUAUCAGCAACAGUGUGUGCCAACUUUUUGAAGACUUACAGAAAACAUUUGACCUCUGUCAUUGCCAACAAAAGAUAUAUAACAAAGUAUUGAGAUGAACUUUUG